AUGGUAAAGGAGAAGAAAGCGGGGGUAUCGAAAGAUACCUCUGCCAAUACAUCAGGCGAUGUUACGGUGGUGCCUGUAACAGUACCACAAGCAACAGCAACAACAUCUGACCAGGCGACAUCAGCAACAACAAACCAAAAGAGGAGGCUAAAGAAGCAUAGCCCAAAUAAAGUGGAGAGAGCCAACCCCGCUAAGCGGCGGGACAUGCGAAAAGACAUGGACCGGGGUAAGGGAGGAGUUACCACCGAGAGUGAGUUCUCAGACUACGCCGAGUCUGAGAAAACAGAGUACAUGUCCGAAGGUGGAGAGGGGCUCUUCAGGUCUUCGAAUAAGGAUUUAAUCCUAUCAGAGCCAGUCCCGCAGACAAACAAGGCUUUGGAGGUAGCGGCGGACCUCCAAGAUGAAAGAGAACUGGUGCAGGCCCUACAAGACAAACAGGCAGCCAUCAGCCAGUUCGAGCAAAGCCUAAAUAAGCUCAAGGAGGAAAUAGAGCCCCUCCUCAGUCAGCUAAAGCUGAAACAAGAGGCGCGCCGAAAGCAAGAGGCAGCCCAAAAACAAAAGCAGCAAAAACAACAGCAACAACAACUACAGCAGCAAAAACAGCCACAAGCCAAGCCCGCUCCCAAAAACACAGGAGCGGAGCAAAAUAAAAAGAGGACAUCUGAAGUGACAGGCCCUAUGUCCGAGGGCCCAUCGACUUCGGCUAAGGCCAAACAACUGCAGCAGAAGCAGCAGGAGAUUGGUGCAAUUAUGUCAAUUAUGUGUGAGGGUUUUUGUAGUUCGGCUGGUAUUAUGCCUUCAGUUUUAAAUGGUUCGAAGAUGUUGGGAGCCAAUUGUAGCUUGUCGCUUGACAAGUAUCCCGUAUACCCAGGCUAUCAAAGCUCAUUAUCUUAG